AAAAUGCCUGCCCAAUCGACAGCAACUGUCCUAUCUUCCUCAGACGCCGUCGCCCAUCUAGCAUCUUACCAAUGCUUAGACGGUCUCUCCGUCAAGGAUCUCAUGGAUUCCCGCAUCCAUGGCGGUCUCACUUAUAACGACUUUCUUAUGCUUCCCGGGAAGAUCGAUUUCCCUGCUUCUGAUGUGAUCACUGAUACCAAAAUCACUCGUAAUGUCGUUCUCAGAACCCCAUUCAUGAGUAGUCCUAUGGAUACCGUUACAGAGACUGACAUGGCCAUCAGUCUCGCGCUGCUGGGUGGCAUCGGUGUCAUUCAUCACAAUCAGUCUCCCGAAUCUCAAGCGGCUAUGGUUCGAGCCGUCAAAAGGCAUGAGAAUGGUUUCAUCGCGGAUCCUGUCGUCUUCUCUCCAAAUCACACGGUUGCAGAUGUCCUUGAUAUCAAGGCACGUCUUGGUUUCUGUGGUAUUCCUAUUACAGAAACUGGACACCUGGGAGCUAUACUUGUUGGUAUCGUGACCUCACGCGACGUACAAUUUGAGUCGCCUCAGACACUCCUCAGUGAGGUCAUGACCAAGUCUCUUGUCACUGCUCCCCAGGGUGUCACGCUCGCAGAGGCCAACCAGAUCCUCCGUUCUUCCAAAAAGGGCAAACUCCCCAUUAAUCCUAACAGCAAGCAGCUGUAUGCUGCAGCUGCAGUCGGCACACGACCCAGCGACAAAGGGCGCCUCAAGCUUCUCGUUGAGGCUGGUCUUGAUAUCGUCGUACUUGACUCAUCGCAGGGCAACUCCAUCUUUCAGAUUGACAUGAUUCAAUGGAUCAAGCAGACGUUCCCGAAGCUCGAGGUCAUCGCAGGCAACGUCGUCACUCGUGAGCAAGCUGCCAGCCUCAUCGCUGCUGGGGCAGACGCUCUCCGCGUCGGUAUGGGUAGCGGCUCCAUUUGUAUCACACAGGAGGUCAUGGCUGUUGGUCGUCCACAGGCCACAGCUGUGUUUGCUGUUGCCGAGUUUGCAUCCAAGUUCGGUAUCCCGGUGAUUGCAGAUGGUGGUAUCAGCAAUAUCGGGCACAUUGUCAAGGCACUCUCGCUUGGUGCGAGCGCUGUGAUGAUGGGAGGGCUUCUUGCAGGCACCACAGAAGCUCCGGGAGAGUACUUCUACCACGAUGGGAAGCGUGUGAAGUCCUACCGAGGCAUGGGUAGUCUUGAGGCUAUGGAGCAGGGUAGACCUGGCGCGUCUGGUCAGGUCAAUAGCAAGCCUGGUUCCACGAAACACACUCCACACCUUUCGAGCAAGCCACACGAGAAUGCCGCCACGUCACGCUAUUUCUCCGAGUCCUCCGCUGUCAAAGUCGCUCAGGGUGUGUCAGGUGACGUCCAAGACAAGGGCAGCGUCGAGGCAUUUGUUCCAUACCUACACGUCGGUGUUCAGCACAGUCUCCAGGAUAUCGGCGUUCGCAGUGUUUCAGAGUUGCAGGCAGGUGUGAAAGAGGGUCGUGUUAGAUUCGAAGUAAGGACGCCUAGUGCUCAGGUGGAGGGGGGUGUUCAUGGUUUGCAUUCGUACACGAAGAGAUUGUAUGCCUGAUACGACGGUUCGCGUAUUACCCAACGUGACCAGUAUCAUACACGUAGGCUCCUGCGUUGUUGCAAAAUAAGGGAAAAUUGUAUAUUCAUCAUUGUUGAUUGGAGGAAGCUGUGAUCAUAGCUGGGCUGUGCAUGAUCAAGUUCAAUGAUUCACUCAUGGACUACUCCCGCCAUCUCCGAGUCGCCAAUGCUCGCUACUCAUUUGGUGCGCAAGACGUAUAUUUUACCGUCUCUUACCACCAGAACUUUCGCAAUCAAUGAUAAUAGUCACCUCGAUGUUCCAUCUUUCUUUACAAACUUUGGUAUAACAUCACCGCGCGUGAAUAUUGCUACAUGGCUUUAGC